GGAGGCUGCUCUGGCCUCAGAGAGGUGGGGUCACAGUGAGCAGGAAAGCACAGCUGGAUUUGGAGAGAGAGUCCAGCCCUCUCCUCCGGGCUGUUUUUCCUAACUCUUCUGACCCUGUGGCCAGCCAGCUGAGUCUCUGAGGGAGCCCAGGUCUCAAGAGUCCUGCAGCCUGUGACCUGGAGUGCUGCUGCUGACUUCUGUCUAAGGCCCCUGUGGAUGUCACUGCCUCCCCACCCAGCCAGAUGCCACCUGGCUGCAGGACAGUGUCUGAGCGGUCAGGGAAGGUGGCCAACAAGGUGUCCAUCCUUCAAGACAGACAGUGACAGUGCCCAGCCUCAGGGAAGAUGACCAUGGAUUUUCUCUGAGGGCUGCUCACCAGGGCCUCCUGGGUAACCCCUUAAAAACUUAUUUUGAGGCUCCUUGAUCUGUCCCCACAGACCCACAUCCUGUCUUCAUCCUCCUGGCCACUCCUCACCUGGACAAGGGCUGGUGCCCACAUGGCCACUCUGGCCGGGGCCCCACCUCUCUGUCCUGCCCAGCUCACACAGUAGGAAGAUGCACUCAUGUUGCUGAGCCUAUGAUCUCUGCUGUCCCCUGUCCCCAUCUUGUGCACAGGGCUGGCCCUUGAAGAAGGCUGGGGUGGGGUGGUGAGCAGUGAUUAUCACUGUUUUAAACCAGAGUGGGAACAGAUUCCAGGCUGGAUGCAGAGUCCCUGGCCAGGUCCCUGAGGAGCCUCCACCACCCUGUCUGUCUCAGUGUCCCCAGGUGGCACUGAGCCCAUAGGUUGUUGCAGGGGCCUCAUCAGAGGGACGUGGGGCCUCUGGGCAGCAUCUGCUCCGCUCCUGGUCUCUGCCGGCCUGGGCCUAGGCAGCAGGGCUGGCUGUGUGCAGAAGUGACCUGUCCCUGCCGCAGGUGCAUCUGCAGACGCAGCAGGAGGUGAAGCUGCGCAUGACCGGCAUGGCGCUGCAGGUGGUGCGCACCGACGGCAUCCUGGCGCUCUACAAUGGCCUGAGCGCCUCGCUGUGCAGACAGAUGACCUAUUCCCUGACACGGUUCGCCAUCUACGAGACUGUACGGGACCGCCUGACCAAGGGCAGCCAGGGGCCUGUCCCCUUCUACAGCAAGGUGCUGCUAGGAGGCAUCAGCGGUCUAACCGGAGGCUUUGUGGGGACCCCUGCAGACUUGGUCAAUGUCAGGAUGCAGAAUGACAUGAAGCUGUCUGUGAAUCAGCGACGCAACUAUGCCCAUGCUCUGGACGGCCUGUACCGCGUGGCCCGUGAAGAGGGUCUGAGGAGGUUAUUCUCUGGUGCGACCAUGGCAUCCAGCCGCGGGGCCCUUGUCACUGUGGGCCAGCUGUCCUGCUAUGACCAGGCCAAGCAGCUGGUCCUCAGCACUGGGUACCUGUCCGACAACAUCCUCACUCACUUUGUGUCCAGCUUCAUUGCGGGCGGGUGUGCCACGUUCCUGUGCCAGCCUCUGGACGUGCUGAAGACCCGCCUCAUGAACUCCAAGGGCGAGUACCAGGGGGUUUUUCACUGCGCGGUGGAGACAGCCAAGCUGGGACCACUGGCCUUUUACAAGGGCCUCUUUCCCGCUGGCAUUCGUCUAAUCCCACACACUGUGCUCACCUUCGUGUUCCUGGAGCAGCUGCGGAAACACUUUGGCAUCAGGGUGCCCACCUGAGGCCACCAGCUCUGGGCUGAAGAUGAGCGGGGUGUGGCCUCCCCUCCCCAGGCCCCUUCCUGCCCCAAGUGCUCCCCUUCUUGCUCCUCCCUAGCACCAGUCUCAGGAAGAGGGCAGGAGCGUCCCUUGGGCUGGCUCCCCACCCUCCCGCCUCCACUCCUCCCCAGCAGGUGGUGGCCCAGCUGGGAGUGGCCGGCUGACAUGUGUCCGGCUCUGGCUGAGGUUUGCUCCUUUCAUGAGCCAGUGCUGCAGAUGAAAGCACCGUCUACCAGCAACCUCCACCGAGGGCCUGGCUGGCGGGCACUGUGGGGUGUGUACCUUGCAGCUGCCUGCCACACUCGUGAGCACAUGCACUUUACUCUCACGAGAGGGACCACAGCUUUAGCAUCCUCAGAGGUAGCGCCUCCCUGGCCUGCUCCUGGGAGGGGGGACGGGUGACAGAUCACCAGCCAGGGCCAGGGCGGCAGGUCCCCUCACACCCCUCUCUAGGUACAGCUCCAGAUGCUUUAAUGAUUUGCUUUGCCAGACAAAACCUCAGUGCCCACAGCUUGCUGCUGUCCACCUGCCUAAUGCCCUCCCAUCCUUGUCCCUGGGAAUACAGCCACAGGCAGUGGCAGGCCGUGGUGUGUCCUGCUGGGCUCCCCUUCAGGUGUGGCCUGUGGUCACCCCACAAGAGCCCCUAGCAGCCAAAAACUGCUGCCACAGCAGCCAGUUUGUGUGCUCGGGCACCAUGCCCUCCAUCAGGCCCUAGGGCUGCUGCCCUUCAGCUCUGCAUGGGUCCAAUAAAGGAUAGUGACCUGGGUGACCCUCUCCAAGUCUGUCCCUCCAUACCACCAGCCACCUCAUGGUGCAGUGGCAGUGGGGCCUCUCUGCACCCCCAGAGAGGACAAGAGGAAGGAGGUGAGGACAGAGGGAGGGUAGGGGUGGGGUGAGGUGUGGAGAGGCCUGGGCCCAUGGUGCCGCCCCUCCCAGCAAGGCCCUGGCACGCGGGGAGCCCAGGUCUGAAUAUCUGUAGGCAGGACAGGUUGGUCUCCCUGGAGCCAGCCCCCAGCUGUGGGGCGGUGGUGACCCUGGCUAGUGUCCAGCCAGCACUGCCUGGCCCAGGAGACCCUGGAACUGCAGAGCAAACAGGGUCAGAGGGCAGAUGGAGCCAGGCCCUGCAGAGGCCUGUGUGAAGUGCAGUGCCGUCAGUGUGAGCCAAGCAGGGUGUUGGGGAGCCAAUAGCACCGCUCUACGAGUUUAUGGGGCCACUGUGUGAAUAAGGCUCUUGGGGGCAGCCUGUCCCAACUUCUGCAACAGCCCCGAGUCUCAGCCCUCUCUAGGAAUUUGAAGCAGCUCUCAGUCCUGUUAUUUACAUAUAAAUAUCUAAAUGCACUGCUUGAGCUGUACAGCCUGCAAUCACAGCACUGUGGGAGCUGACUCAGGAGGAUGGAAAAUUCAAGCCGGGCCUCCGGCUUCAGUCCGCAGUGCAGAUCCCCAGCUCUGAACAAACGGGUCUGGGUGUGACUCAGUAGAGCUCUUGCCCAGCAUGCCCGAGGCUCUGGGUUCCUUCCACAGCACCACCAAAACAUUGAUAUAAACAUACACACACCUUAAACCAAAAUCACCAUAACUGCAGUAGUAAUUGUUUACAGGUAAAAACGUAAUGGUGCAUCUUUCACCUCCAGUGUCCAUCUGGUGGUCAGCUUUCCCCAAGGGCACUGCUGUGAGUUGGUCUUCCAUCUAGAGGCCAGCAAGGGCCGCCCCUUCUCCACCCUGCAUUUCCAGUCGAUCUGCCCAGGCCCACUUGGCAGCUAACCCAGCUGCCCUGCUCAGGGUGGGCGCAGGGGGCAGGCAGGAUGGAUGGAGGUGGGAAGCACAGGGUGAGGGGGUGGGUCGGAAACCCCACUCUAGGGCCAUGAGGUUGCUGAAGAGCUGCUUCCUGUGAUCCCAGGCUCAGCUUGUUGGUUGGAAGCACUGGGCAGAAUCUCCACACCAGGGCACUUCCCCCAGCCUCCUCCCUGGAGGCAGAGCACCCAGUCUGGUUUGGCAAGGUGGUUUGGCCCAGGGUGGAGUGGGAGGGACCCCAGCUUUCCAGGCCACAGGGGAGGGCUUGGGCCCAACUCUCCUCCCAGCCUUACAGAGCAGCGGAGGCCGAGGCCCAGCUGGGCCAGGACAGAGGCCAGCCACAGAGGGGGUGGUGGCUUUUCCCAGUCACGCUCAGGUCCUAAUAAGUUUGUAGCUCUUGCAAAUUUACAGAGUAAUCAUUUACUGUCAGGAAAUGGGAGCAGAGGUGCUGAGACAGUCCCAAGGAGAAAGAACAGGCCAAGGCCCCAGGACUGCCACCAGGCUGCACACAGGGCCCAGGGCUGACCCUGGAAGGGACAGGCAGAAACAACAUGUGAUACCGCAGGGCUGCCACAUCGGGCGAGGCUGUGGCCAUUGCCAUUUGUUUUGGGGAGAGGCUUCACAGUGGGCAUCGGAGGAGGGAAGCCAGGUGAGCCUGUCCCCUUUGGGAGGCUGGGAGCAGGGCUUCCUGUGGCUUCCAGUGUGGUUGGAUUAGGGACAAAAGGCAAGCUAGCAGGUACUAGCAACGAGUGGUCCGAGCUGACUGCUCCAGGGCUGCGACCUGUCCGGCUGGACUGGUUGGUGCAGACCAUGGGCCAGAGUUCUCCUCAGUGUGAAGGGUUUUCCUAGAGCAAAUCCAGGCCGUGAUCCCUCCACCUUUCCCAAGGAAGCAGCCAGUGUCCAGAUUCCUGGGAAUUUUCCAAGGGAGGAGGGGAGGGACAGCUGCAGGGUUGCCUUCCUCCUCCUAUGCCCCUCUGUCCCCCUCCUAUCACCUGGGCCCGUGGGGGGGACCAGCACCCUCCAGUGCCUUCCCAGCUCUGCCCUGCACCCCAAUCAGCCUCACAGAGAAUCCGGGCUUCACCGGCUGCCCCACACUUCCUGUUCUGCCUUUAGCCUUUGCUCCAGUGUCCUAGCUCCACCAGAUGGCUCUUUCCUGCUGAGUCACCUCUGGAUUCCCAGGCAGGUGGUUUGAGGUCCCUAACCCUAGGGCCACCUCUGCGUCUGUGUUGGGCCAAGAAGUUCUCUGGCCCCUGGAGGAAGGGAGCUGGAAGCCACUGAGGACGACAUGGGGCCACCUUGGCCCUAACCUCUCUCAGGGAGGCCUGGUACCCACUCCCUGAUGGUGGCCAGACCAUGCCUCUGGGCUGGGGACCCUGCGCCUAUAGGUGUAGUGCAGGUAGGGCACCGCCCGUCCUCAUUCCAGUCUGGACAGCACCCGAGGCGGCCCCCUUCCAUGGUCCUAAGAGAACUGGGGUAUCGGAACAAAAACCCAGGAGGCCACUCGGUGAGAGCACAGGCGCUGGAUCUCCUGGUCCAACCUUUGCCCUUUGCCCUACUCAGACCUUAUUAGGGAUUCAUGUGCAGUCUUCCUGGUGUGUGUGGUUGAAAUCAGCAUGGAUUCUGGGACAGGCAUGGGUGUCAGCACCCUUUCAAUCAGCUCUGCUGUCUCACCUGCAGACCCAGUGAGGCAGCCGGGCUGGACACAUGCUUUACGCUCCAGAAGCCAAUUCACCUGUGCACAGGGCAGGCUGUGUGCCCUUCCCCACUGGGUGCACAGGAGCCUGGCAUCCGUCUCUGCUGUAGCACGGGGACACUGCCCUUGGCCAACAAGCACUAUGAAGUCGCUCUGGGCUUGAAUUUCAGGGACUUCGGACCCAUCAUCAGGGAGGGGUUUUUGGAACUUUUUUUUUUUUUUAAACAAGGUCCAGCCUUUGAUCUGUGGUGUCCUUUGUGGUCCCGAGACAGAUGGGGACACAUCCUCAGUUUCCUGGCCUCCAUGGAAAAUGUGCCUGCUCGCUCUAACCCAGUUCUGUGAGCAGAGCAGGUGAGGGGGCUGGUGACUGCAGCUUUAGUCUAAGUGGCACCACUGUGAUGCUUUACCUGGUUCUGUGAUUGUUAUUUAACUGGGAAAGUUCCCUGGAGGGGCACUGAGCCUUUCCUAAGUAAGGCAGAUUGUGGGCCUGAGGCAGAGUAGAAGAAAUUAAAAGAAAGGUAGAAAAGAGACAAGGAAAUCAUAGCUAAAAAUUGUACUUUUAAGA